AUGUCAGUGCAAAAUGGACCAGACGGAGUGACUUUUACAUUGAAAAGCGGAUCAUUUAGUAAUGGCAAUUACCUCCACUUGGUUAGAAGCAAUAUAAAAAAAACGAUGACUAUUCUCAACCCUACUACAGCUAUUGUGCCCUAUACAUCUGAUAUUAUUAACAUAGUUGAUAGUUUCCAAACAUGUGACUCACCAGAUUGUGGAUCUUUCCUUCCUCUAACUUGGUAUCCUCCAUAUAUUGCCAAUAUUUCUUCUAUCCCAACUCAAGGAGGUAUCAUUACUGUAAAAGGUAUAUCACUUCUAUCAUCACCACCAGGAAGUUCAAAGAUCUAUUUUCAUGACAGGUACUCUCUAAAUGAAAGUGAUACUAAUGCAGAUGGAACUGAAAUACAUUUCAAUGCCGAUCAGAGCAUUAUCUCUUUAAUCUCUGGUCAAAAUAUUCCAAUUUAUCUCCAAAUAAGUGGAUUUCGAACUCUUACUACGACGACUUAUUUUUUUAAUCAAAAAUAUUUUUCAUUCCAAACACCAACAAUUUCAUUGGUUGAAUUUAACAAAGAUACCAAUCAAAUUACAAUGACUGGAACAAAUUUUGGAGUAAAUGGAAUUCCAUUAACAUUGACUUCGAAUGGUGGUAAUUUACAACCAACUCAUUUAAUUAAUAAUACUGUUAUUGUUUCAAAUGUGAAUGCUCAAAACUACUCAUUCUCUGGUGAUUACCAAUAUGUUUUGAAUGUUGGUUCUCCAAAUCCAAAUUCAGCAACCUAUACUCAACAACUAUAUCCAGUUGUAACAUCAGUAACCUCUACCUCAUCAUCUGGUGGAACCAUUUCAAUUUAUGGAUAUAGAUUGAAUCUUUUCAAACCAAAUGCAACUAUUUCACAAGUAUCAAUCAUUGUUGGAGGUUAUACAUGUACUGUAUUGACAUUGAAUGAUCCAACAAAUUCAUUUAUUGCAUGUUCAAUGCCAGCAAUUCCAAGUGGUUCAAAGAAUUAUAAUUUAUCAGUGGUCGUUAGCAUUGAUGGAAAGAACUCCAAUAGUGAUAUAUUAUUCUCUGCUGAUCUUCCAAGUGUCCAAGAAGUAUCACAGGAUAGUGGAAACACUAUUAUUAUCGGUUCAUCAUUUGGUAAUGAUACAAAAUCAAUUGUUUUACAUUUCAAUGGUAGUACUCCAAUGUCACCGAUCUCCGUUUCCGACUCGAUGUUAACAUUUAAAUUUCCACCAAACACACCAUCUGGUGUAUACAAUGGAAACACACUGACCAAAUUCAACACAUCACCAACUGUUCCAUUUAAGAUAACAAUACAACCAUACAUCACAUCAAUAACAUCACCACCAACACAAGGUGGAAUUGUAACAAUCAGUGGUCAAUAUAUGACUUCCAACAUCCAAGGAAAUGAGAAUAUCACUGUGAUUAUUAAUGAUCCCAAUUCAAACCUAAACACUCCAUGUUCCAAUGCAACGAGAUUGAAUAUUACCAGUGUGACCUGUAUUGCACCACAAGGAAGUGGGACAUCCGUUUAUUUGCAACUUCAAUUGAAUGGUAUCAGUGCAACCGUCUUGAGUGGAUUGAGUAUGGUCUACCAAGCACCAAAAGUAUUGUCAGCCACUUCAGUAUCACCAUACGGUGGAGCGAUAAGCAUCUUUGGAACCAAUCUUGGUUUUACCAAUAUCGAUUUAAAACUAAUCACUGUCAGCAUCGAUAAUUCUCGUGAUUGUAAAGCCACACAAGUAAUCGACAAUACUAAUAUAGUAUGUCAAUUGAAGAGUGGUCAAUUCAACCUUCCACCACCAAUCAACUACUUAAAUCUUACAGUAACAGUGAAUGGACAAACAAGUUUUAAUUCAACUGUAUUUAAACUAGAUAACACAGUGUAUUAUGAACUAUUAAAUAGAGUUUUAGCAACCGAUUAUUCAGAGAUUGAAUAUCGCAAACAGAAACUCUAUGGAAUCAUUUUCCCUGCAUGUUUAUUAGUACCUGUAUUAAUAUGGUCCACUGUAAAGUUAUGUCAUCAUCAAAUCUCUUAUAAACAAAACUAA